UCAGUUUGUCAAUUUAUGUUUUCAUUCUAAAUUAAAUUGCAAAGAAAGAUUGUUUAUUAUUUGUACUAUUGUAAUAAAAAAUAAACAUAAGCGCUAUGCCCACAUACAAAUGGACUACACUCAAAAAACCAACCAAGAAUAGUCAUGAUUACCCCAGUUUAAAAGUAUCCACCCAUCCAUUAAAAGUUGAAGUCAUAAAUGUGAAGCAGAGUAUGAGCAAAAAUUUUAUUGAUAGUAUAAAUAAAUGGACUGAAGCAUUUGAGGAGGCAGAUCCCUUGUUGAAAUUUGAACAGGCUAAAGAUGAUGAGGAUUUGGAGCCAAUAAUUGAAAUAGAUACACAAAAAAAUUAUUCACAAGUAUGGAGCAAAAGACGGGCAAAUAUAUUAAACAAAUUCACAACAGGGGAAAAAUUGACUAUUGUAAGCAGUUUUUUGCCGGGUGGAGAAAAAGCUCUUAUAAGACAGGUAUCAAAUUUGAAUGAGAAAGUAAAACAUAGAUUGGAACAGUUGGAUGAGUUUGAUGAAGGUUCCAUCAGAAAGACCAUAGGUCUCAGCCAACAGGAGUUUGUUGGAAAAAUUAAUAUGCUUGAUGAAGAAAUUAAAAAGGCAUGGGACACAGAACAAAGAGUAAAAGCCUUCAAAAUCUGCAUCCAAUGCUCAAAGCUACUCUCAGAUUUCAAUGUAAUGCAGUUUUAUCCAAGCAAAUUUAUAUUGAUAUGCGAUAUAUUGGACAAUUUCGGCAAUUUGGUAUUCAAUAGAUUAAAAAAUAAAAGCAAUGGUGACAACAUUAUUAAAUCACCAAUGGACAUAGAUCCGUCACAAGUCCCAGAAUCAGCUAAAGAGACUUGCCAGAACUGGAUGUUUAAAAUGGCAUCUAUAAGGGAAUUACUACCACGGUUAUAUAUGGAAAUGUCAUUGUUGAAGUGCUAUGUGUUUAUUAAUAAAAAUGAUAUUAAAUUGGUCAUUAAAAGACUGACAACGAUGAUCAGAGGCAUUGCUAACCCAUUGGUUGCGGUUUAUUUGCGUGUAUAUUUAUGUAAUGUCGCCGCAAAGCUGUUGGGAAAGGACAGUGAAGAAUAUUUCUAUGAAAAUCUUAAAGAAUUUCUAGAAGAUUAUGAACAGAUUUUCCAUCCAAUGAUGACUAAAAAAUAUGGGGCACAAUUAUUAACACAAGACCAAUACUUAAAUCUGUAUGAGCCAGCAGUAAAUUGGUUAAUGUUUGGAACACUCAACUAUCAUAAAUAUAAACAUACACUUUUGGAGGACUUUUUGAAUCAUUGCGAUGAACUUGAAAAUAAAUCCAUUUCGAGUGAAUUGUUUCUGGCUUGUAUUCUGUCUUCAUUCGAUUCUCAAGACGUUAUUGAAAAUUCAUCAAGAAUAUUGGAAAUGAUACAGAAAUCCGCUGAUAAAAUGGUGCUGUUAAGCCCGGUGCUGUGUGGCGUGGGCGAGCACGUGUGCCGUGCGGGGGCGGUGGGGGCGGCGGGGGCGCGGCGGCUGCCGGCGGAGGCGCUCAGCCAGACCUGGUGGAAGAUCGCCACCAACAUCAAGUCCACCGCCAGCUUCCUGCACGUCCUCGAGCCCUGGAUACAGUUCGCCUGCACUCAGCUCUCAACACAACACACAAAUAUAAUCCUGCGCGGAACGAUACGUUUCAUGCUGAAGUGCGGCAAACCCACCGAGGAGUUCUCCUCCAACUUCCACCUCGUCGUCAAGAGGAUGCUCAAGUCCAUCCCUGAUGUAGAGGAACUGUUUCUUAUGGAUGCGUUCAUGCCACUGUUGGAGCUGUAUAGUAAAUAUGUAAAUGUUGUAUUUCGUAGUUUAGCAACGGUGGAGGACGAGAUGAAAGUGUGCUCGGAUCUGAUAAUAAAGUUGGUGUGGUGCGUGUACCACGAGGAGGCGGAGCAGCAGCUCGCCUUCUACGUGGACUGCCGCGCCGCCUUCAUCAAACUGGACGCCGUGCUCCAAGCCCUCGUACACGCGGUGAACGCGCUGUCGUGCCGGGCGGGGGGCGCGGUGGGCGUGGUGGGUGCGGUGGGUGUGGGUGCGGGGGGUCGCGGGGGGCGGUGGGUGUCGCGCGCGUGCGCCGCCUACUGCUGCGUGACGGCGCCGUCGCUGCGCUGCGUGCUGGCGCGCGCGCAGCUGUACCUGCUGAGCGGACAGACCGCGCUGCUCAACGGAUGCAUCGGACAGGCUGAAGCUAAUUUCAAAGCGUUAGUUGGGAUAAUACCUAACAUCCCUCAAUAUAUAAAAGAGGAUGGACAGGAUAAACCCACACACGACAGGCUGGCGGGUCUGCUCAGCAACUUUCUGUCUACAUUGCUCAUACUGCCUGACAACGUGGACAGUAAUCGUAAAGCGUACGUACUGAGUGGAUUUAUAAAAGUUUUAGAGAGAGUGCAGUGGAAGAAGACAGAGCCUCUAUAUUAUAACUUAUUACUUAAGACUCUGGACUUACUAUGUCAUAUGACUAGAGAGAAAUAUAUUUAUACUAUAGACUCUGUGAUAUCGAACGACGAAUUAUACGGUUCCGAAGAAGAGUUUGUCGAAUGCAUUGAGAAAUACGCAACACAUAUUUGCCAAGAAAUAUUGGUCGUGUUGAAAAUGUUGGGAGAUAAUAAGGAGACGAAGAAACAAUAUAAUUUAGCUCUGGAAUUAUUCUGGCGAGUGGUGAGACGAGGCGAGGUGAGCGACCCCGCCAUGAGCAGCCUGGCCGCCAACCUGUGGAUGUUGGCGCACAAACUGCAAGACUGUAAUAAGUAUGCGAAAUCGAUGCUAACAACUUUAGAGGCGGACAACAAUCCUGCUGCAAGACAACUCCUAAAUAAAUUAACAAGCGUCUGAAACAACAAAUACAUUCCAUUCGUGUAUUAUAUCUAUAAUAUAAUUAUAAGAUCAAUAAAAUAAUUAUUUAAUGUAAAACUA